AUGGAAAUUGUAUAUCAACUGUUGGUUUGCUUCAUGGUUGUGUCAGCCAUCAAAGGAGCGUCGACUUUCUCUUUACCAGACGAAAUGCCUACCACCCUUUCUCUGUUUGAAGAGGAUUCUUCUACAAUUUUGUCUGCUAAAGAGAAACUUACAACCACUUUUUCAGCGCAAGAGGAUACUACAACAGUUUUGCAACCCAACGGAGUAACUUCAACUCAAUCUUCUGCCGAAAAGGAUGCUACUACAAUUGUACCUUGUGAAAAUAAUGAUAAUCUAUGUUGGAUUCCCGAUGAAGAUCAGAUCUUCGCUUGUAUUAGUGAAACAAAAUAUGUUCUGCUCAUUAAUUUGGCCAUCAGUUAUGAUUGUCCACCAAAUCAAGUUUGCAACUUAGAAACAAAAUCUGGAUAUUGUCAAGAUGAAACGUUGGUUGAGCCAACUUGUUUCCCUGAAGAAGAGGAUGUUACAACUCCGAAAUCAGAAGAUAUAACAACAACAACUGUCAAGCUGCCACCUACCAGCAAUACACCCAUCGAUACAACAGUAACUCCUACACCCGUUUUCACUACAAUCGCCAGUACUCCUCCGAGUAAUCCACCACCUACUGCAAUUGAACCUAUUUCCACAACAACAGCUGCAACAAUUGAAUCUACAACGACAGGACCUAUUUUUCCAGAAGAAAUUUGCCAGAAAGCUGGUUUGCCUGGAUUCUAUAAAGCAGACUAUGAUUCCUCAUGUUCCAAAUUUGUAGUCUGUUAUAAACUUGGCAAUAAUCUUCGAGGCAUAGAGAAAACUUGCCCACCGAACAUGUACUUUGAUGCCGAGAAAGGUUUUUGUUCAGCUGAUAACUCCAACACAUGUAAGGGAAACUAGUUUCCUAUUAAAUUCUCUAGAAAUUCUCUAUU